UGCGCGCGACAUAAUUAUGUCAACGCUUGUGUUAGUGCGAGUAUAAAACGAACUCCACGCGUGGCCAGUUCCUCCGCCGAUAAUCGCCGCCGCUCCCGCCGUUUUCCUCCUUCACUCUCUGCGAUCACAAGAUGGAAACUGAGAGUUUCACUUUUGGUCCAUACAAAAUCGACCCCAGAGGAGUGUUCUACACUACUCAAUUCUCGUACGCGAUGGUCAAUUUGCGCCCCCUUGUUCCUGUCUGCCCAAGACGUGUUGUUAAGCGCUUCAUUGAUCUAACUGCUGAUGAGACGAGUGACCUAUGGCUCACGGCACAUAAGAUUGGGCCCCAGCUUGAGUCCUACCAUAAGGCAUCUUCACUGACACUCAAUAUCCAAGAUGGGCCUCAGGCUGGACAAACCGUUCUUCAUGUCUGCAUCCACAUAAUUCCACGGAAAGUUGGGGAUUUUGAGAAGAACGAUGAGAUCUAUGAUGCUAUUGAUGCGAAGGAGAAGGCGCUGAAAGAGAAGUUUGAUCCCGACAAUGAAAGGAAGGACAGAAGCAUGGAAGAGAUGGCUGAAGAGGCGGAUCAAUACAGAAAACUAUUCAUAUAGGAACCCUUUGAUAUCCUCUUCAGGUGAGAAAACCCUGUAUUGUUCUGUAGGCGGUUUGGCUGACCUAACCUUGUGGCGAACAUUUUCAUAUCGACUUGUUAUUAAUAAACCUAAGAUUUAAGCAAUCCGAACAGGUGUGCUAUUGCCUUGUAAACGACUCGUUAUUGUCAGCUGGUGAUUUUAGGGAAAUUAGUUCGAUA